AUGGGAGGUAACCAAGACCAUGAGCAGAGCAUUAAAAGAAAUACUUCGAUUUAUAAUGAAAACGAGAGGCAAUUCUGCAAUACAAACUUAAAGAUUCCUCAAGAUAAAAAGACUAUUUCAAAAAAUGGUGGCUCCAGUAAGCAACAAGUUCAAGACUCUAAACCAAGAAGGGCUUUAACAGAUGUACCGGUAAAUAAUAAUCCUCUAAGUCAAAGCAAGAGAAUAGUAACAGAUAGCAAGGCGGCCAAAGUACGAAGAGAGGAAAACAUUAGACCUAUCGGUAGCGCCGUUCAAAAAAGACAGAUAUAUAACGAUCGAACGGCAGCAGAGAAAGAAGGAGAAGAAGGUAAUGUUGCUCUGUUAGCGAACAAAAAACGCAGGAUUGACAUUGAAGAAGUAAGUGAAAUAGUAGGUUGGCAGGAUUUAGAUUAUGUUGAAAAAGAUGAUACUGCAAUGGUAGCAGAAUACUCUGCUGAAAUUUUCGCAUUUUUAUAUAGAAGGGAACUAGAAACGCUACCAUCCCAUAAUUAUUUACUAGACAAAACGUCUAAGUACUAUUUGAGGCCAUCCAUGAGAGCAAUAUUAGUGGAUUGGCUAGUAGAAGUACACGAAAAAUUCCAAUGCUAUCCCGAGACGUUAUUCCUAUCCAUAAAUUUAAUGGAUAGGUUUCUAGCCAAAAAUAAAGUUACUAUGAACAAACUACAGUUAUUAGCAGUUACUUCGCUUUUCAUUGCGGCAAAAUUUGAAGAGGUAAAUUUGCCCAAACUAGCUGAGUACGCUUAUAUUACUGAUGGCGCAGCUUCCAAAAAUGACAUAAAAAAUGCGGAAAUGUUCAUGCUCACUUCUUUAGAAUUCAACAUUGGUUGGCCCAACCCACUCAAUUUUCUGAGAAGGAUCUCCAAGGCAGAUGAUUACGAUCCGGUUAACAGAAAUAUUGGCAAGUUUAUCCUAGAGUAUGCCUACUGCUGUCACCAAUUCAUUCAUUUACCUCCAUCUACCAUAAGCGCAAUGGCAAUGUAUAUAGCGAGAAGAAUAACCAAUAGAAACAGGAACGAGCUAUGGAACAAAACACUACAGCAUUACAGCGGUGGUAUCGAUCCAAUACAGGAUGAAGCAUUUCAGUCCUACUGUAUUGAUAUAGUCAGAGACAUCGCUAGUUCCAAAACUCAUUUGGAUUCCUUGAUUCUGAAGUACAAGAAACCAAGAUAUGGCUCUGUUUAUUUCCAAACCUUAAGCUGGUGCACAUCUGAAAUGCAUACCAACUUUCAAAAGCUAUUUAAUUCACGUGCAAAAUAG